AUGAGCUACGGGCGCCCUCCCCCAGACGUGGAGGGGAUGACCUCCCUGAAGGUGGACAACCUGACAUACCGCACCUGGCCCGACACUCUGCGACGAGUCUUUGAGAAGUACGGCCGGGUGGGCGAUGUCUACAUCCCCCGCGAUCGCUGCACCAAGGGGUCCCGUGUCUUCGCCUUCGUGCGCUUCCACGACAAGCUCGACGCCGAAGACGCUAUGGACGCCAUGGACGGCGCCGUGCUCGACGGCCGGGAGUUGCGGGUGCAAAUGGCCCGCUAUGGCCGCCCGCCGGACUCCCAUCACAGCCGCCGGGGACCGUCGCCCCGCCGGUACGGGGGAGGCGGCUACGGACGCCGGAGCCGCAGCCGCUCUCGAAGCAGGAGUCGCUCCAGAUCCCGAAGCCGAUCUCGCUACAGCCGAUCCAAGUCUCGUUCUCGCACUCGAUCCAGAUCUCGAUCUACCUCUAAGUCCAGGUCGGCCCGUAGAUCCAAAUCCAAGUCCUCGUCGGUCUCCAGAUCUCGCUCCAGCUCCAGGUCCAGGUCCAGGUCCAGAUCCAGAAGGCCUCCACCUGUAUCGAAGAGGGAAUCAAAAUCUAGAUCUCGAUCCAAGAGCCCCCCCAAGUCUCCUGAAGAGGAAGGAGCUGUUUCAUCUUAGGAUCAUGAUACGACAGAAAGCAACAUAAUGGGUGACUUGAGGGGAAAGACCAUAUUCAGUCCAUUGAAGAGUCCCUGGAACAAGCAACUGGCUAUUGAAAAGGUUAUUUUGUAACAUUUUGUC